UCAAGAAGAGAGCCUAGAAAACAUCCCUGUGAGAACCCAGGGGCUCCCCCAGGGGCUCCCCCAGGGGCUCCGAAAGCUCCUUGUCAAACGCUCAGGCAUUUUCAGAACCAGCCAGUGGCCGGGCCUCACCAAGCUCUAAGCCAAAUCCAGGAGCUCUGCUGGAAGUGGCUGCGGCCUGAGAUCCACACCACGGAGCAGAUGAUGGAGCAGCUGGCGCUGCAGCAGUUUCUCAACACCCUGCCAAAGGAGCUUCAGACAUGGGCGAGGCUGAGACAGCCCAGGAGCAGCAAGGAAGCAGCAAACCUGGUGGCAAGCUUGGUCCAGGCGUGCGAGGAGAAAGUUUUCCCUGCUCAGGACCCUGUCCUUGCAGAAAAGAAGAACACCAGAGAACACCGAAGGAAGAGCACAGACAGCGCGCCGGCCGUUAGACCUCAGGUGAGCCAGGCUGCCUUCCGACUCAGUUCUCCAGUCUGGGGACCUCUCCUUCCUGAUUCCCAGACCUUCCCUAUCCACUUAAACCAUGAAAGCCUGAUAAUUCCUGGAUUUCGAUCAUUUAGGAGUGUUUCAUUUCAGGAGUUGGUGACUUUCAAGGAUGUGGUUGUGGACUUCAGUCCAGAAGAGUCAACCUACCUUAGUGCUGCUCAGAGGCAUCUCUACCGGGAGGUGAUGCUGGAGAACUACAGGAAUCUGGUGUCCCUGGGGCACCAGUUCCCUAAACCCGACAUUAUCUCACGGCUGGAAGAGGAGGAGGCUUGCGCAGCGGAGGGAGACGGCAGCGCAGUGAUGUGUCCAGAUUUGGAGAAAAAACCUGAAACCAAAGAUCUGACUCCAAAGCAAAGCUUGCCUAUAGAAAAGUCAUCCUCAGGGGCAGGAGUGGAGGAUUUGGAGGUAGGUAACUUAUCACGUGCCCAUGGAGGAGAGUCUUCUCCUGAUCAUCCAUUGGAUUUGCACCAGAUGAACCAGGAGAAACUUUUGAGUCCUGUUAGAAUGAGUGACCCCAAGACCCUUGCUCAGGAAAGAAGCCAUGACAGUGAUGAAUUUGAGAGAAGCUCAGAUCUUACUAAACAGUCAGAGGGUCUUCUAGGAAAGGACCCCCAGAAAUGCACUACUUCUGGAAUUUGCACAAGUCCCCAGCCGGUGGACUGUGGGCCUUUCCUCCAAGAGGACAAACCCAACAGGUGUGAACUUCGUGAAAGAAGCUUUAGUACCCAGAUGGCCCGCGAGAGGCACGAGCAGACCCACACGGGGAAGAAACCCUUUGAGUGUGACCGGUGUGGCGAAGCCGUCUACCUCAUGCCACACCCCACCAGACAUCAGAAGACUCAUUCCGGGGAGAAGGCCCCUGGAUGCAAUGAAGGUGGAAGGUCUUUCAUCCCACAGGCAAAUAUCUGUGGCCUCGUGAGAACGCACAGUCAGGAGGACUACUACGAAUGUUUGCAGUGUGGCAGAGCUUUUGUCCAGGACGUGCAUUUUUUUCAGCAUCUCAGAGCUCAUGAGGCAGAAAAAGCCCUUCCACCUGUGUUGCCCCGCAACAAGACGUACUUAAUUCGAUAUCAGCGGAAACAUGGCUACAUUGGAGAGAGAGCCUGUCAGUGUUGUGACUGUGGCAAAGCUUUCGGUCGGAGUUCACAUCUCAUUCAACACUAUCGAAUUCAUGCUCAACAGAGGCCUUACCAGUGUCAGCUAUGUGGGAAGUGUUUCAGCCGACCCUCACACCUCACUCAACAUUAUCAACUCCAUUCUCAACAGAGAACCACUGAGUGCAAUUACUGCUGAAAAACCUUCAGUCAGAACCUUGUCAACAUCUUUGACUUACUCCUAGAGAGAGACCCUUUGAGUGCUCUGAAUACGAGAAGGCCUUCCACCAGCCCUUACGCUGUUUUAACAGCUGGAAGAGUCGUCGUGGUGUCAUCAGAAAACAGCGACUGGUUACAAGAGUAUAGAACAAGCUUUUUGCAGAAGGAGAGUCAGCACAUGUGUCAGUCACCCAGGAAAAUACCUUACAAAGAAUUUUUUUGUUGUGUAGGAAAGACAUUAAUAGAUUUUGCCCUUCUUUGG